AUGUUAAGGGCAUCAUCUCAUCAUCUUCAACCCAUUUUGUUCACAGCUCCAGCGCCUCUCUUUGCUCUUCUCCCCACUCUCACCAAACGUACAAACGUUUCCUUUGCUCUACUGCAAAAUCCUUCACUUUUUCAUCCAAAAUCCACACUUACGCAACCUAUUUAUAAUCAUAGUUAUUGUAAUCUGGGCUCAAAAUUCAAGAGGGUAUUGCACAUGGUUGGUCAACCUUGCACUCCAAAAGCCACGGCUUCAUUUAGCACUGGGAACAGUUCUGAAGGUGGCAGAGAAAUAUUAGUGCAGCAUUUGCUUGUCAAAGAAGAUGACAUGAAGCUUUUGCUUGAGCUGCAGAAAAGAGUUGCUGAAGGAGAGGAUUUGAGUGACUUGGCUGUGGAAUACUCAAUAUGUCCAUCAAAAGAGGAAGGAGGAAUGCUCGGUUGGGUAAGAAAGGGGCAGAUGGUGCCAGAAUUUGAGGAGGCAGCAUUCAGUGCACCACUAAAUAAAGUUGUAGGGUGCAAGACUAAAUUUGGGUGGCAUUUAUUGCAAGUCCUAUCUGAGAGGGAAGAAUCGAUUCUUGAGUACAUUCAGCCAAUUGAGCUUCACGAGAAAAUCCAGCAUCCCUCUUUUCUUGAAGAGGCUCAGCUGAUUGACGUUCGAGAACCUGAAGAAGUGGCCCAAGCUUCUUUGCCAGGUUUUACGGUUCUUCCACUUCGCCAGUUUAGUAGCUGGGGACCAGAAAUUAUGACUAAGUUUGAUCCUCAAAAGGAUACAUAUGUUCUGUGUCAUCAUGGCAUGAGGUCUUUACAAGUCGCCAAAUGGUUGCAGACACAGGGUUUCAAGAAGGUAUUCAACGUGACCGGGGGAAUUCACGAGUAUGCUGUGAAAGCGGAUCCGUCAAUACCUACUUAUUGA